AUGAAUAAUUUUAAUAAAAAUAAAGAAACAGAUAGCAAAAAUCGAAUAGCUAUUGUUAACGCUGAUAAAUGCAAACCAAAAAAGUGCAGACAAGAAUGUAAACGGAGUUGCCCUGUAGUUAAAAUGGGCAAACAGUGUAUAAUUGUUAAACCCACGGAUAAAAUUGCGUUUAUAUCGGAAACUUUGUGUAUAGGAUGUGGCAUAUGUCAAAAAAAAUGCCCCUUUGACGCCAUUAGAAUAGUUAAUAUUAUGGCCAAUUUAUCUAAAGACACUACCCAUCGUUACGGCCCUAAUACUUUUAAGCUUCACCGCCUCCCUAUUCCUCGACAAAACCAAGUUCUUGGACUAGUGGGGACUAACGGCGUUGGCAAGUCCACUGCGUUAAAAAUCUUAGCGGGGAAAAUAAAACCAAACUUGGGAAAUUUCGAUGCACCACCAGACUGGCAAGAAAUUUUAACUCAUUUUCGUGGUUCAGAGUUGCAAAGUUUUUUUACACAUAUAUUACAAGAUGAAAUGAAAGCAUUAAUAAAACCGCAAUAUGUUGAUCACAUUCCGAAGGCUAUAAAGCCCGAAACUACUGUCCGUGAUUUAUUAUCCAAAAAAGAUGAUAAGCAUAUAAUGGAACAAAUUAUAAAGGAUUUUGAUCUAACAAAUAUCAUAGACCGCGAAGUGGCCGCUUUAUCAGGUGGGGAGCUUCAAAGGUUCGCCUGCGCGUACGUCUGCGUACAAAAGGCUGAGAUCUACAUGUUUGACGAACCUUCAUCCUAUUUGGACGUUAAGCAGAGACUGAACGCCGCCAGAAAAAUAAGAGAACUCCGACAGCACGAUACUUACGUUCUAGUGGUUGAGCACGAUCUUUCCGUCCUCGACUAUUUGUCAGACUUUAUCUGCUGCCUUUACGGCCUUCCUGGUGCGUAUGGCGUCGUUACUACGCCUUAUUCCGUUCGCGAAGGAAUUAACGUGUUCCUUGACGGGUACAUUCCUACGGAAAACUUGAGGUUUCGGGAAAUGGCUCUUUCCUUCAAAGUUGCUGAAACUGCCGAGAACGAAACUAAAGGCUCGUCUUCUUAUGAGCAGUGCUAUCCAGCCAUGACCAAGACGCUGGGAAACUUCAAACUCACUGUCGAAGCUGGCUCUUUUCAGGAUUCGCAAAUUAUCGUUAUGCUCGGUGAAAACGGGACGGGAAAGACCACGCUAGUGCGACUGUUGGCUGGUACCAAGCCGGAUGGUGACGUGGAGAUGCCUCAGUUAAACGUCAGCUACAAACCGCAAAAGAUUAGCCCGAAGUACCAAGGUUCUGUGCAGUCGCUCUUUUACCAGAAGAUUCGGGAAGCUUUUUUGGAUCCUCAGUUUGUAGCGGAAGUGCUGAAGCCGCUAGCGGUGGACACGCUGUUGGACCAGACGGUGCUCAACCUUUCCGGCGGCGAACUCCAGCGGGUGGCCAUAUGCAUCUGUCUGGGCACGAAGGCGGACGUCUAUCUCCUGGACGAGCCCUCAGCGUAUCUGGACUCCGAGCAGCGCAUUGCCGCUUCCAAGGUUAUUAAGCGGUUCAUUCUCCACUCCAAGAAAUCCGCAUUUGUAGUCGAACAUGAUUUCAUUAUGGCCACUUAUCUGGCCGACCGCGUUAUUGUUUACGAGGGAGAGCCUUCCAUAUCCGCCAUCGCUCGCGCGCCUGAGCCUCUGCUGAGCGGGAUGAACAGGUUCCUGCAGUCUUUGGAAAUCACUUUUCGAAGGGACCCGGACAACUUCCGGCCGAGAAUUAACAAGCUCAACUCGAUAAAAGAUAGUGAGCAGAAGAGGAGCGGAAAUUAUUUUUUUUUGGAAUCAUAAAAAUUAAUGUCUUCUACCUGAAAAAUGAUUGGUGAGGGCGGUGAUUAUAGUGACGUGUCAUAUUCUCACCUUUUCG